AUGAAAGUGCGGACCAAGGUAAUGCAUUUCUUCCUUCAGGUUGCGGCUGGCGACCAUUGUCCACCUGGGUACUCUGUAUCUAAGUUCGGCACAUGUGAGGCAAGAAAGCAAGUCGGACCCUCUUUGUCUUGCCCUGAGGGAUUUGUGCUUGGCGGCGAGCAAACGAACCCGUACGCAAUUCUAAGCCAAGAGUUUGCGAAGUGCGGAGCAGUUGAAUAUUACCGUGGCAAGGUAUGGUGUCCAGAAGGAUUCUUACCUGCUGGGAUCGAUAUCCCAAAUCUACCUUUCGGCAGCAGCUUGGACGCCUUCGGUACGGUCGACAAGAUUGCGGAAGCAGCGGAAGCUGGUCAGCUGCCUUCAUCACCGCGGUCACUAAAAGCAAGACAGGAUAUGAAUUCUCGGAAAGUGAAGAAGGCGAAAGUUCACAAAGUGGCCGAUGAACUUCGGUCAGUAUUCCCUGACUCCUUCGUAGACGUUCUUUUGCGAAACACGCUCCAGGAGAUGCAGGAUGAAGCAGAAGUGGGUGAGAGAGAUGAGGGAGAAACGCGACAACGCGAAUCUGGGAAGGUCGACGGAAGAAACGAAGUGAAUCACACGGAACAACCAAUGGACAACGAAGAGAAGGGCAAAACUCAAGCUGACGAGGCGGAGGAGGAUCUGGAUGAGGAUAUCUGGAUUGUAGACGACACAGAAACUGACACGGAGGUGGAUUCUGAACCGGAUGACAACUCUGGUUUCCACAAAAACGAAAGUCCGCAGUCUCGUGCAGACAGAGCCUGGCUCCACUCUCAGGGAACACAAUCAGCCACCGACCAGCCGGUUACAUCUAAAAUAACCAGUGAAGGAUCUUCUGGCAGUUUGGAUUUUCUCGGCACAGAAACCAUGUUUAAGCAAACGCAAUUGCCAGGGAGCAUUUCUGUUGCAAACACGCCUACUAAUGUGUCUGCGGAAAGACAGCACGGUACCAGUGAAAGUCUGAGCAGGGACGGGGAGGCAAUCGGUCUGCCAGGUAGAGACAGCAACUGGGAACUGCGACGUAAAAGAAGAAUGCAAGAGCCAAGAAAAGUUUCUGAAGGAGCCCAGGCUACGCCCGACCUCAUAAUGCAGCUGGAGGCGAAGAUACCCCCUGGAGGCGCCUGCGUUCAUCUUGUCGGAGUGUUCGAAGCUCACUGCGACAAAAUUGAAUGUCAUGGCGCCAUAAUGAAGAAAAUCCAUAAGAUUGUCUACGACUGGGUUGACUAUCGCCUGAGGGUGGACAUAAGGCAGGUUGACAUGUUCAUUCCUAAUGGAAAAGAUUUCCGACGAACAACGCCUGGUUAG